CACAUGGAAUACCCGUACUGACCCGUCCUCCAAUGCAAUGAGAUGCUACAGAAGAAUGCUGAGACACAAACCAUCUGCAUGUGACCUCACGCAGAGGGAUCGUCUUAUCCUGACCUUGGAGCGUGUGUCACUAACUGUUGAAGUUCUAACCAAUAUGUCUAUGUCUGCUCAGCCUGAUACUAUAAAGCAGUCUCUUAUGGUAUUCCUCAAACUGAGGGAUGAUCUAAAGGUGUGUAGAGGAUCUCCAGAAUACAGUGAGCCCACCUCACCGGAGCUGAAGCUGUGGCUGCAUCACCUCCAGCGUUUUAAGGAGACGGCAUCUCCUGAUUGUGUCCAGGAGGCUGUGAUACUUACUCUCAUCCCUCUGAGAUUGGAAGAUGUGACAUGUUGGGCUCUCAACCAGUAA